UUCCUCCAAACCACUUCCAACAAUAACAGCAACUCCUGCGUGCAGCUGCCUCGUUAGGGAGGAGAUGUAUUUCUUCCUUUCUCUGCUGGGGGAUGAAGCUUCCAAAUCUGUGUGAUGUGAGCAGGUGAGGAUGUCUGCUGACAAGUCCAAAUGAUAUUUUCAGGUGUUCUACUGAUUUUGGCACUGACAGAAGAGCUGGUGUUUUCUGUUCAGGUACUGUCUCCCACUGCCUCCUCCUCUCAGGGCUUCCCGAUGGACACUACCACUGUCACAGCCAUGGGAACAACACCUCGCCACAAAGACCGCCACGUGGCCGAGCCCCUUCCCACGUCCACUCACGCCAUCCCCCAUCCCGUCAGCGUGGCGGAGAAAGCCCCUUCCACCGGGCAAAAGGAAGCGAGCGGCCCCCGUGGCGGCGAAAAGGAAACGUAUCAUUUGUACAACCAGAGUGCUUUGUACUCGGGACAGACUCGCCCCAAGGGGAAAAUAUUCCAGGUUUUCAAAGGCAACUUCACGGAGUCCUCAGAGCCUUACCUAAAGACGACCCUGCACUCUCCCUUCCCUACCCUGAGGAGCCCUUUCACAGACCACCCGUUUCAGUCCCAGACACCAGCCUCCAGCGACCCCAAUGGCACAGGGCUGGCAAGAACUACGCACUCAGACCCUUCUUCCCACCGCAACGCCUCGGGAAGCCUUAGGGAAGCACAGCGAGGGGAUGGGGCCGAGCUAGUGGUACAGGAGGCAGAUUUUGCCACCACAACUGCUGGACCAUCAACUGAUCCUGAAGCAGUGUCGGUGCCUUUUAAACCCACCCGCUACGGCGUAUGGGAUAUGCUGAGCAAAAACAGCUCCUGGGUAACCUUGAAUCUCAGUACAAAUGUCCCUCUGUUUGCUGGCCCUGGAUCUGCAACGGCAGCAGCGGGUCACUCUGUUCAGACCAGUUUUGACGUCGGUGUCUCCUCCCCGGCAGCGGGAGACCCCAAGGAACCAGCGCCAACGCAGCGCGGCGCAGUGACUAACGCGACCUUGCUGGGCAGCGCUCUCUCCGCAGCGCCCGCCACGAGGUUGUCCAGCUCCGUUUCCACAGCUGGCUCCACUGCCACUGGGAACUUCCUAAACAGACUGGUUCCUGCUGGGACCUGGAAACCUGGGGUGCAAGGAAAUAUCUCCCAUGUCACUGAGGGGGACAAACCCCAGCACAGAGCAACCAUCUGUCUCAGCAAGAUGGACAUUGCCUGGAUCAUUCUGGCCAUCAGCGUACCUAUAUCCUCAUGUUCGGUUCUGCUGACAGUCUGCUGCAUGAGGAGGAAGAAAAAGACAUCUAACCCAGAAAACAACCUGAGCUACUGGAAUAAUGCUAUUACCAUGGACUACUUCAACAGGCAUGCUGUAGAGUUACCCAGAGAGAUCCAGUCCCUGGAGACUUCAGAGGACCACCUCUCCGAG